AUGAAGAACCUCCUUCCAGAAGGCACCACCUUUACUACCUUGUCCCUCAACUUCAAUAAUACGAUGCAGUGCCACCGGGACAGCAACAAUGAGAUGGGCACGAAGGCCUACUUGGUGGCUUGUGGAGCGUUUGUUGGCGGUGCUCUAUGGUGUCAUGACACUGCCGUCAAGGAGGAUGUGACCUGGAACAAGGUGCAAGGCCGUUGGCUUCCUGGCAUUGCUCGGCCUACUUAUCAUCAACUCGUGUCCUUUGACCCUCACCAACUUCAUCAGCCCCUUCCCUGGGAGGGAAUGCGCUACACCAUCACGGCCUACACCGUGGGCUGCGGGGGCAAUUGCGUCAGCCAGGAUCGUCAUCUACUACAAGGAUUGGGAUUUCCUCUUCCACCACAUGUUCGGGCUGGCCCCGAAGGAGGAGGCAGUGGGGUCAGAGGAGAGAUGAAGAGCCUGCGGCGUCCAAAAAGCGCGUUGAGGAAGUUUUGCGGAGCUUUUUCGUCUUGCGCAGAGUGUGACCUGGUUCCGGGGGAGGAUCAGACCUUGGAAUCUUCUCUGGUUGGUGGUGGAGUCAGUCAGGGUGAUCCAGUUUGUGUUUGCAAAGGUCGCGAGGUGGAUCCGUCGUUGUGUACGUGCAGAGUGUCUGAGGUGAGCGGUGGUGGAGUUCCCCAGAAGUUCUACAUCGGCGACGAGGGCCUCGAUUACGGCACCGAGGCUGAGAUCAAUGAGGAAGGUUCUCGAAGGGAUGAUGGGGGCCCGGCACAGUGGGGAGCUUUUGGUCCUCCUACGGUGGCCAAGCUGGAACCUUUGGAUGGGAACGACGUCGAGUCCUACUACUUGCUGGGCUCCGAGGUUCCUCUGGAAGUCGGCUGGGACCUGUUCGAGGGUCACUUGGAUGAUCUUCGCUUGGCUACCGUGCAGGAAGAGUAUGCGGAGAGGGAACAAGCGAUUCAGCGAGGAGAAGCCGGUGAUGUGGCUGAAGGGCCGCUGCCUCGUUGGAUUGAAGCUCGGGUUCGUCUUGAAAGCCUGAUGGAGAACUCGUCGAAAUGGGACGAGGAGAAGGCCCUUGACUCGGUGCGUAAGACCGAGGUGCUCGAGGAUCCCGAUGAGGCGCCUUUGCAUACGAAGACCAUCCCCAACGAGGUGGUGAGACGGGAGCUUCAGCGCUGGGCUCCUUCUAUGUUCUCUGAGUAUGAGAGCUUGGUGCGGGAGAAUGAAGCCGUUGAGCCUUUCACCGAGGCCCAGCUUCAGGAAUGGAAGGAUGCUGGCCGUGAUUACGACUUGGUGCCGGGCAAGACCGUGCACACCAUCAAGGCGUUCUCUGGGCGCCUGAAAACGAGGGCGGUGAUUUGCGGGAACUUUCUGGCCCAGUCGUUUGCCCGGGAGCAGAAGUAUGCGGCCGGAGCGGACAGCGUGCUCAUCCGUCUUGUGCUUCGUGAAGCUGCCCGUCGAGGAUGGAGACUGGCCGUGUUGGACGUCAAGACGGCUUUCCUUCUAGCUCCGCUGUUGUUUCAGGAGAAAAGACCUACGUUGGUUUUGGUUCCGAAGCUGUUCCUGUUGGCGGGUAUAUGCAAGGAACCGAUGUGGAGAGUUCGCAAGGCUUUGUACGGUUUGUCCACCUCGCCGAAGAGCUGGGAGGCCUACCGCAACCAGGUGAUGGCCAAACUUCGCGGACGUGUGCCCGGAGGUGAAGUUACCUUGAUCCCUUCUGGUGUCGAUGAUAGCCUGUGGUAUGUGCAGGUGGGCACUCGACGAGCCGGGGCAGUGAUCUGCUAUGUUGAUGAUCUGCUGAUUGCCGCGGAGCCGGGCGUCGCCGAGGAGGUGGCUCGUAUGUUCACUACUACUUGGAAGUGCACGGAGCCACAGUGGGAUGAUGUUACCUUCAACCCACGUCGUGAGCACCAUCCUCCUCCAUCGGCACGCCCUGGUCUUCAGGCUGAGCCACAGGCACCUCCUCCGGACCUGUGUCGGCCCCGUCCGCAUCCAUGGCGCGCCAACGGCUUACGACUCCUUUACCGGAGCGGCGUUGGGCUCAUAACCCCCGAAUGCGGAGGUCACGCUUGUUUUGGAACCGAAAAGCCUUUCAAAUCAGACGUGUCAACAUGCUUUACAUAUGCGGAACAUCCCUCUUCCCAGACACACUUCCAGUUGCGUGCACCCACCCUGGGAGAGCAGGGUAGCCAGGGAUUGCCCAAGCCAACAAAGCUCGAGAUGAUUUCCGGAGGACCAUCCAAGGAGUGGGAGGCAUGGUGCAGGCAUUACCGAAAGGCUUACGGUAUCAUGCUUGGCAAUUUCGGCUACACGCCUGCCAAGAGCAUCAAUGGUAUCAUAUACGAUGAAGAUGGUACCACGGAUAUCGUGAGUGCACCUGUCUGGAACCCAGCCGAUGCCCUUGUGGCGAUCUCGAUCCAUGGGAUCAGAGCGGUUACGACCAUGGCCUCCACGAUCGCGUUUGGGGGUGCUCCGCCAACGAUCAAACCGGCGGUUCCCGGCAAGCCGCAGAGAUUCGUUGUCAUGCACGACGGUCUCUUGACCUUCAGGGCUGCCAAGUCCUGGCACGAUGGUGAGAUGAACGCUCACCUGAAGAACGCGCUGGCCAGCUUUGGGUUCCCAGAUUCCGAGGUGCGCGUACAAGCGUUCGAUGAUGGCUUCAAGCUUAAGGACAUGGUCGACACUCUCGCGAUGAUGCAGAGCGACGCCUCCGUCCCGUCGUCGAACGUCCACAUCCUCAUUCUUUGGAGAGGAGAAGACUUGUGGAAGCUGGACCAAAGCUGGAGUAAGCUUACCGGUGACAUCGAUACGGCACGAUCACAAUACGCCAAGACGACUGCCCGGGAAGCUCUCGAGGAAUACAACACGAUCUACGGGUCGGUGUCCGUGUCACCGAGCAUGGGACACCUUCCGACUCUCCCCGGACCUCUCUUCGAGAAAUACAGAGUGGAAAUGAGGGCGAUCUGGGAUACGAUCAGGAGAUCCAAUUUCCUCACACUGUCUUUUGACGCUAUCCUCGAGGGGCUACCGUUCCUGAAGGGGUAUCAUAUUAUGCAUGAGUCCAAGACGAUUGGGGUCUUGUGUACUCGCAUCUGCUCGAUGUUCACGCUUGCGGCUCUUGCGCGGUUUCCAUCCUACGGGACCCGUCAAGAGUAUCAAACCGCAACCGACAAGAUGUGGGAGCGCACCCCGGACCUAAUCGAAGGGGCAGAUCGCGGUCCCGAUAACCGAGCCGCAAAGACCGUCAAUAUGAGUCAAUUCGGCUUUGAUGACGAUGAUGAUGAAGACCUGGCCGACAGCGCAGGUCCAUCUGCACCCAGGAUUCCGAUCAAACAGGAACAGGGAACCUUGGCAGAGCUUCCGGGCGUCCGUCACCCGGAACCGAUUGUGCUGCCCGCGACUCCUGUGCCUGGACAGGCAAUGCCGGUGUCUCCCAGCCUUGCUCCGGCUGCUAAGAACGAUGAAGAGUCUAGCGGCGAUUCCGAUGAUGAAGAGCAGCAAGGGGACGGAGACACGGAGAUGUCUGCCGCCAAGAAAGAGGAAUUCGAUGAGGAAUUCAAUGCUUCUCGACCAGCACGUUGCGGCCGGAUCUAUAGAUAG